UCACCCUUCAACACAAAUGUCAAAGGUACAGGAGCCCUGUCCUCUGGCCAACCCACUGUAAAUACUGUUCUGCAAUCCUGCAGCAUAAGUGGUUGAUUGUACACCUCCACCCCCACAUCUGCAGAUGCUUCCCAAGUUUGGGGAUACCUAUCAUAUUACAGGGAUCCUCAAACUGCCGUAUGCUGAAAUAGAAGAGCCCUUUGAAGCCUGGUUCAAUGAGACUGGAGGAAAAAGUCGUAUCCAGUAUUAUCAUGGGCAAGUGAUCACUUACCAGUUUGGCUUCAUAAAACCUUUUGGAGCCAGCUUCAAGGUGACCCCAGAAACCACAGAAACUGAAGCCAACAUUAAAGAGUGCUUCCGGAUCAAUGGAACAUCAGAAAAUCCCAUUAGGCCUCAAAGUGUGUUUCCUAGCCUACAUGAAUUCCAGCCUGUUCGGCAGGAAUACUACAAUGGACAGCACUGCACAGUACUGGAGGCUACUUCCUUUUGGGGCCAGAAGAAGAACAUUUACAGGUUGUGGAUGGCACAUGCUUCCUCUGAGCCUGUUCCAGUGCACUAUGAGAUGAAGGGCUUCAACACCCUCCUGGGCUCUCACUACGACAAGUAUGAGAUAGACUACACCAACUUUUCCCGCAGAUUCCCAUGUGACGUCUUUGAUCUCCCUGACGGUAUAAAGUGUACACACUGGCCUGGAGCAGGACCGGACCACAGGAUCUUGGCCAAUCCCAUGCAGGAAUUUGUUGGGAGAGCUGGAGAAGUAAGCAGAGACCAUGAGCAUCUCUUCCAUCACUACAAGGAGAAAUUCAGAAAGACCUACAAGAGUGAGAAGGAGAUGGAGCGCAGGAAGCACAGUUUCAUCCACAACAUGAGAUACAUCCACUCCAGGAACCGGGCCAACCUCUCCUACAAACUGGCUGUGAACCACUUGGCUGAUCAUACCACAGAAGAGAUGGCAGUGCUGAGGGGGAGGCUAAAGACUGGUGAACCCAAUAAGGGGUGGCCCUUCCCAACCCAAGGCUAUAAUGACCUCACCCUGCCAGAGAGCCUGGACUGGAGGCUUUAUGGUGCUGUGACCCCUGUGAAAGAUCAGGCUGUCUGUGGUUCCUGCUGGAGCUUCGCUACUACAGGAGCACUGGAAGGGGCACUCUUUCUCAAGACUGGAGUGCUCACUCCAUUGUCUCAGCAAGUCUUAAUUGAUUGUUCCUGGGGCUUUGGAAACCAUGCUUGUGAUGGUGGUGAGGAAUGGCAUGCAUAUGAGUGGAUUAUGAAGCAUGGCGGAAUUGCCAGCACAGAGUCCUAUGGACCAUACUUGGGUCAAAAUGGCUACUGUCACUACAACCAAUCUGAGCUGAUUGCAAUGGUCUCUGGCUACGUCAACGUGGCCUCUGAAAACACUGCCGCCGUGAAAGCUGCUCUCUACAAGCAUGGCCCUGUGGCUGUGAACAUUGAUGCCUCCCACAAGUCCUUUGCAUUCUACUCCAAUGGCAUCUACUAUGAACCAAACUGUGGAAACAAGAGCAUAGAAUUAGACCAUGCUGUCCUUGCUAUAGGAUAUGGGGAACUCCAUGGGGAGAGCUAUUGGCUCAUCAAGAACUCUUGGUCCACGUAUUGGGGCAAUGAUGGCUACAUCCUCAUGUCCAUGAAGAAUAACAACUGUGGGGUGGCAACUGCUUCCACUUACCCAGUCCUGGCCUAAUGGGGAAGGCUGUCAACAUGGAACAUGCCAGUCAAUAUACAACAGGCCAUGUCACUGUAGAGACCUCUGCUGAACUGCACUGUGGGGAAGCACCUAGUGUAGAAAUCAGGAACUUGAAUUUGGGUGGUUUUCAUGCUGCAACACAACAAAGUGGAAGUCAGAUUGAAGUCCUAAAUUAUGACACAUUUGUUGACUGACUCACUUCAGUGUCUCGUAAUUUAGGGCUUCAGUCUGGUUCCUGUAUUUUCUUAACAUACUGUAACUCUCAAUUUUGACUCUUGAUUCAUGUAACCCAUACUGUUCAAUACUAUGCCAAACCUU